AGACCGAGUGCAGCGAUGACGUGGGCAGUGCAAACUUGGCAAGUAAGUGGACUGGUGUGUUUGGGAUGUCGAAGUUGUUCUGGGCGGUAUGGUUGAGUCCGUUGCGAUUGCAGUGGGCGAAGAAGAAGGCGAUGGGGCGGUGCAGUUGCUAGUACGAUGAGUUGUUUCCGUUUGAGUCAUUGACGUGGGCUACGAGGGAGGCUGGGCUAGUGGAGACUGCGGCUUCGUCGGGACAGGAGUCGAUGAGGAGCACAGGAAUUAGUGAGCGGGUCAUGCGCGAGAUGGUGCAGGCGAGCACGAGGAUGGACUAUGGCAAUAAUCUAGGCUCGAUACAUGGGUUGGGGACCAUGGUCAUUAUUGUUGGAUGGUAAAUCGAUCAGUUCAAAAAGGAUUGCGACGGAUGGCGCGAGGCAUGUAAGAAGCGGCAACUGGCAGAACUUUGAUAACACGGCCGCCAGGGCUGGCACAGAUCUCAAAGUCGACACGACGGUGACGGGUAUCGAGCUGCUUAUGACUGAGGAGAAGCAUAUGCGUUACAAAAGCUCUCCCUCAGACUUGGGCUCGGACGCUACUCUCUCUGCACAGUUCGACACGGUCAUCUUUACCACUCCCUACAACCAGUCAUCAAUCGCAUUCACCCCUCGGCUCCACGUCCAACCGAAGAGAAUCGACUACGUGAUCCAGCACAUCACGCUUUUGGCAAGCCCACACCGCCCAUGUCCCAACUUCUUCAACCUAAGCGACCCCACCAACGUCCCCGACAGCAUCCUCACCACCACGCCCGCCGGCUACGACCUCACUAGCGGGGCUCCGAAGCGCUGGACCCUAACACCAAGUUUUAGCCCCUCUCAACACUUAGAAAAUUGAGCGUACGCAAUGGAACCACAGGCACUGACGAGCGCAUGUUCC